AUGGCUCCUCACUGGAGGGUCAAUACCACAGCACCUGGCUGCAGUAAACCUCCUCCUCCAACACCACCUAAUCCAACUCCAGCACCAACUUGUAAACCUUCACGUUUAUGCGAUAUCAUCUUAAGCGAUAUCUUCGCUGAGUGCCACAAGAUUAUACCAUACAAACCUUACCAUGAAGGUUGCGUCUUUGAUGCCUGCCGUAUUAGCAACGAUUCAGUGCAAUGUUCCAGCUUGGAGAUUUAUGCUUCCAUGUGCAAUGCCAAUGGAAUCUGUGUAGACUGGAGAGGAAAAACAGGAGGCCAUUGUCCAUACAACUGUCCUGCUGGAAAGGUG